UUCUUGUAAACGAAGACUCCACAAAAACGUUACGGUUCAAUUCUGGGACAGGUCGUUUGAGUUGUUGCCAAAGUCGAUCGGCAUUCUACCAGACUGCCAAAACAUGGUGUUCAACACUGCAGAGGUGAGGACGAUGCCGAAUAAGAGAAUUGCAACAGUAAUCAAAGUGUUUGAUGAAGUGAGUAGCUGGGAAGAGUGGAAAGAAGACAUCCCCAACUUUUUAGAUACAUCACUUCAAUCCAAUUCAUUGUUGGAACAAAUGACUACAACAAAGGACGUAUCUGAUUACCUUUGGUACACAUUCAGCUUUCAACCCAAUUCAUCUUGCUCCCAACCAGUGCUUCACAUUGAGUCCCUUGGACAUGCUGCACAUUCCUACAUCAACAGCAAAUUUGUAGGUGCAAAUUUCUAAUUCCAAUAAACUCUUUUUUCUUUUUCUUUUUUUAAAUAAAAAAUUAAAAUUCAUUAACUGGUGAUGAUCUCUACUUUUGGCUCAGAUUCUGGACAUGGCAGCCAUGAUACCAAAGGAUUUAGCAUGGACGUUCCAAUUAGCUUAAAUGAGGGUAUGAACAAUGUAUCAAUACUGAGUGUUCUGGUUGGAUUGCAGGACUCGGGGGCUUAUCUGGAGAGCAAAUAUACUGGGUUGAAUAAAGUGAAUAUUCAAUGUUCAGGAUCAAACCCAUACAACUUUACCAAUUAUACAUGGGGAUAUCAGAUUGGUUUGAAAGGGGAAAAGUUAGAAAUAUAUAAAGAAGAAAAUUUGGAAAAAGUGGAAUGGAGUGAGAUUGAUGAUUCUACAGAUACGUUACUCACUUGGUACAAGACCACGUUUGAUGCAACCGUCGGUGAUGAUCCAGUUGCCUUGAACAUGAGUUCAAUGCAAAAAGGACAAGUUUGGGUGAAUGAACAGAGUAUUGGUCGCUAUUGGGUUUCAUUCCAUACCCCUCAAGGAAAUCCCUUGCAGAUUUUGUACCAUGUGCCCCGCUCAUUCCUCAAACCGUCUGGGAAUGUACUAAUAGUGCUUGAAGAGUUGAACGGGGAUCCUCUUCAAAUUUCUUUUAACACCAUUUCAGUUGCUAACUUUAAUUCUUACGAUCACCUCCCUCAGUUAAUAUAA